UGUCCAAACGAGUGUCCAAUCCGCGCGCACAGCCGCUGCGAGCCGAGGCUUCUCCUCGCUGCAUGUCUCAAACUGCACGCAGACACACAGACAGAGAGGUAAGACGAGGAGGAGCUCCAGCUCCGCAGGACCGACCGCGUAAACGGAAGGCUGCUCAUGCGCUUGGAUUAUACCGGGCAGUGAACUGUCACCGCUCAUAACAGCGCCAGCACGGCUUUCCUCGCUGCCCUCUGCAGCUCAUUAACUCGUCUUCUAAUAGUAAAUCAAUCAAUAAAUAAGUCUGGAUAUUUGCGCAAAAACUACAACAGUAGCGGCGUUUAUGUGAUUUUUCUAGUUUUUUUUUUUUAUUUGUUUUUUUCUUACCCUGGAUAAAAUUAUAUAAAAGUAUUUUUCUUUCACCUGCACUGCUUGAACUGUCGGAAGAAGAAGGACUUCUCCUUUCGCAUCUGUAAGUCUCUCCCUGGAACUACAUCAUCUACAAUCUAGACUUACCUGUGUGUGGAAGAUAUGAGGUGUGCAGGCUCCUGGUGGAUCGUUUGGUCUCUUCUGGUGCUCAGGGAGGCAGCAGACGCUGGAACAAUCGCAGACGCAUCACUCAGUCCUGGACUGAGCACCAAGAUGGGACAGAGUGAGAAGGCGCUGAGCCAAGGUCAACACAGAUGUGUCGAGCCGUCCAAAAGAGAUGCCCAAGAAAACAGAACUGGUCUGUUCUGCGCUCCAAUGUGGGAUGGGUUUUUGUGCUGGAAUGAGACACCGGCUGGGGAAUCGGUAACUCUACAGUGUCCAGAUCACCCUGACCUCGGUCCAACCGAAAAAAUUACCAAAUAUUGUGACAAAUCAGGCAACUGGGUCCAAACAGGUUCUGCUUGUGGACCACCUUUAAAGAGCAAAAUAGAGGAAAUUAGUUUUUUAAAGGAUGCGGCAGGAGAGCCAACCACAGAAGCCAUGUGGGUCAGAACAGAAAAAAUUAUUCUUGAAAACGAAAACAAAUGCCUAGAGAAAAUGAAGAACGCGCCACCUUAUAAUAAAUCAGGCUUGCACUGCAGUAGGAACUGGGAUGGCUGGCUGUGCUGGGACGAUACUCCAGCAGGAAGCUACGCAUCCCAGAACUGUCCUGAUUACUUCGUAAACUUUGACCGCACAGAACAGGCAAAAAAGUACUGUGGAGCAGAUGGAGAGUGGUUUCGUCAUCCAGCGAGCAAUAAAAUUUGGACCAAUUACACACUCUGUGUGACAACCGAUGACAAGAGGCCAGCGAAACUCAAAGUAGAAGAAAAUGAACAGAAAUGUCUGCAAAAAAUGAAACAAGACCCAGCACUCAACAAAACAGCGCCAUACUGCAGUCGUAAUUGGGACGGCUGGCUGUGCUGGGACGAUACACCGGCAGGUACCCUUGCCUCUCAGAGCUGCCCUGAUUAUUUUUCUGACCUCAACCCCACAGCAAUGGCUACAAAGUACUGCGCAGAAGAUGGGCAGUGGUUUCGCCAUCCAGCGAGCAGCACGACUUGGACUAAUUAUACGCUGUGUGUUGACGACAACCCGGAGAUAUUGAGGGCAACUGCACAGUUCUCCCGAAACACUGAGGUGGAUCUCAUCAGUGAAGCCACAGAGAGUCCAGAGGUCCAACAAAAGAAUCGGGAAAUUGUGCGGAGAAAAAUCCUUGACAACCAGUACAAAUGUUUUGAGAAAAUUAACAGAGAUCCACCUUACAACAAAUCAGGUUUGUACUGCAGUCGGAACUGGGACGGCUGGCUGUGCUGGGAAGAUACUCCAGCUGGAACUUACACAUUCCAAAACUGCCCCAACUAUUUUGAUGACUUCGACCCCACAGAGAAGGCAACAAAGUAUUGUGGGGAGGACGGGCAAUGGUUUCGCCACCCGGAUACCAACAGGACAUGGUCAAACUACACACUCUGCAAUGAAAACACUAAGGCAAAACUAAAGUCGGCUUACAUCCUGUUUUACAUGGCUAUUGUGGGCCAUGCUUUAUCCAUAGCCUCCCUGCUUAUCUCUCUGGCCAUCUUCUUCUACUUCAGGAGUUUGAGCUGUCAAAGAAUCACCCUCCACAAGAACCUGUUCUGCUCCUAUGUGCUGAACUCGGCCCUCACCAUCAUCUACCUUGUCACUGUGGUCAACAAUCCCAAAGUGGUGGCCAGCAACCCGGUUAGCUGCAAGGUUCUGCACUUCUUCCACAUGUACAUGUUGGGCUGCAACUAUUUCUGGAUGCUCUGUGAGGGGAUUUACCUGCACACACUCAUCGUGGUAGCUGUGUUUGCAGAGGAGCAGCACCUGCACUGGUACUACCUACUGGGCUGGGGCUUUCCUCUGGUGCCUGUGUCCAUCCACGCCGUAGCGAGGAAAAAGUAUUUUGAUGACAACUGUUGGAUGAGCGUUGAGACCCAUCUGCUCUACGCAGUACACGGACCCAUAGUGGCAGCCCUUCUUGUUAACCUCUUCUUCCUGCUGAAUAUCAUAAGAGUGCUGGUGACGAAGUUGCGAGACACUCACCGAGCAGAGUCCAACAUGUACAUGAAGGCGGUGAGAGCCACCCUGAUCCUGGUGCCCCUGCUCGGAAUACAGUUUGUCAUAUUUCCUUGGCGGCCGGAGAACCGUCUGGCCGGUGAGGUCUACGAGUAUGUCAUGCACAUACUCAUGCAUUAUCAGGGUUUGCUGGUGGCAACAAUAUUCUGCUUCUUCAAUGGGGAGGUGCAGGCAGCUCUGAAGAGACAGUGGAUGCAGUACAAAACCCAGUGGGGUCAGCGACGGAAGGACCACUGCUCAAUGCGCUCUACGUCCUACACGGCCACCUCCAUCACCGAGGUGCCGGCCUUCAUGUACCACCACGAGUGCAACGCCGAGCAUCUGAACGGCUGCCACACAAAGGACUCGGAGCUGGUGGCGCUGAAAUCAGGAGACACGUACGCUUAGACUACGCUUUAAUCGGAGCGUAACGGCAGACACACACCAAGUCAGAAAAAGAAAACGAUUCUGUUCUAGCUGCCUCAUCUCAGCGAAUAAAUCUCAGAGGCUAAUUUGUCCGGCACGGGGUGAAUAUACGGGUCUGAGACAGAGCGCUCACCAGGAGAGAAGAUUAGCUACGAGACUGAAGCAUUUUAUUUACACUUUAUUCUUACGUUGCUGCUGCAGCUCCUUUUUUUUUUUUUUUGAGAACAUUGAUGUCGAGAACUUGCGGCACGAGAGGAGAGCUGUUCAUGAUGUCUGCUGACUUUCUAAAGCUGCUAUUCUGUGUGUGGGUCGGCUCACAGAGACAGAGAGGAAAUCAAAUUACUGCAACUGUGGUGCUUUCUGUUCUUGAUGACAGUACUAAAUGUGACACUUAAGUGGGUAGCAGUUCUAACUCUUUAUGACUUUGACAAACAACAUUGGAGUGGUGAAAACCAUCACUAUGAUUAUUAUUAUUACUAUCAAGCUGAGGACCACAUCAUUCCUAUACCAAAGGGUACUGUUUGUUCACCACAGCUAUGAAGACAGAAGCAGAGGUUAAACACCCCUCACACACAUUAAGUUAAUAUGACAUGGAAGAGGUAACAUUUCUAGACCCUAUUUUAUGCUUACAGUUCUGGAAUUAUUAUGUACAUAUAUGUAUGUUAAAUUUGUUUCCUUUGACAAAAGCUGUUUCACUGUUUUAAAAUGACUUUAUGCUUCAGUUUCUGUUUGCGUUUUACUUGUUAAUUCCUAACUCUGUGCUACCUGUGUGUCCUGUGAUGCUGCAUUCCUGACGGCUUUGUUGUUUCGAAGUUGCUGUAUCUGUGCCGACGCCGAAUAUCACAGGGCUGAGAGGUAAAAUGCAUAUUGUAGACAGAAAAAUAAAAUACAAAAAAAGAGAACGAUAUAAAGGGUUUAUCAGUCACAGGAGCUCCUUUUGCUGAGCUAAGGGGAGUGCGGCAUCAGCUUUGCCCGGAGUCCUGAUAAAAGUUUUAUCGUCACUCCUUCUCGAACCUCUCUGCGGUUCGUCCUCGGCCAUCGUAGCAGUGCAUUUCUCUGGCCUCUGUGCGUACAUGUAGGGAUUCAUUUCAUAACCUUCUGUGUGACUGACCAGGGGUGACAAAAAAGAUUCAAUAUGGGUGCAAAUCUUAGUGUUACACCGAAGAGAACCAACUUUUACACGAGGGCACAAACACAAUUUAUUAACUUAUUCUUUCCUUGUUUUCUCUACUCUCUUAAUUUAAACGGUUUUGGUUAAUUGUUCUAAUCAUUGUGAACAUUAAUGUUUUAAUUUUAGGCUUUUGAUGAUUCAUUUGAGCCAUUUUUGUGUCAGGAUAAAAUGAUUCAGCAGCAAUGGCUUCUAAAAAUAGGACUUGUGUGCACAAGUUUGGAUUUAUUGGCGAUUUGCUCUCACCCACAGAGGGCCAGAAUUACAUCAGAAGGCUCAAACGAAUGCACACACCCCCAAAAAUAUUUGCUUAAAUGUCCCUCUGCAAGUUACCCAUGGCUAUUCUUAAUCACAGUGAACAAAGUGGUUCUGUUGCAUCAUUAAAAACCCAAAAUUAAAUCAUUACAUAUGCAUACCUCUGACUGGAAAUGUAUCAACAAAAACCUUUGUCAAAAUUAUAUCGUUCUCAUGAAGUUACUUAUAAUCCUUAAAGUAGCGCUUAAAGAUCAAAGCUACAGACACAUUUAAACACAGCCAGAAAAAAAUAUUUAUGUUUAUCAGUAAUACAGUCAACAGCCAACAUUUUCAGCUGCUUUUGUAAUCAUAAAUUCUUCUGGCUCUCAAAUAGAAACUUGCUGCUUUAUAUUAGCAUCACCUGCUUGAGCGCUUCAGGUAAAAAUCAAUUAUUUUCUAGAAAUAGCCGAUAAGGCUGCUGCUCCUCUUUAUAUUUGUUUUUAAAAAUACACACUGUAAGGCAGGUUUGUGUUUUCAAAAAAAUGUCUGUAUCCAAUGUGUAGAAUUGCUCCCAAAGUUAGCCUACAGCUGAAUUUGAAAAGUAAAAAGUUUUCAAGAUU